UCGAAUUUUAAAAGUGUCAGGAACACCUGAACCUGUCAUGGUGAUUUACUAUGAUAAAAUACAAUUUGAGCCGUGAAAUAUCGGCUUGUCAAAGACAGCGAGCUUUACUUGUUACAACUGAAAUAUGGGAGUGAAAGGGCUUUGGAAACUCUUAGAAUCUGUUGGACGGCCGGUAACUCUGGAGUCGCUUGAAAACAAAAUACUCGGAGUUGAUGCCAGUGUGAUCUUGAAUCAAGCUGUGAAGGGGAUGCGUGAUAAGCAGGGAAAUCCUGUUCCUAAUGCACAUCUUGUUGGCUUGUUCAGUAGAUUAUGCAAACUGUUGUAUUACAGGAUUAAACCAGUUUUUGUAUUUGAUGGUGGAGUGCCUCAUCUCAAGAAAAAGACUCUGGCGGCAAGAAAGGAACAAAGAUUUAAAGCUGUUCAUAAGUCAAAAAGAGCUGCAGAAAAGAUCAUCAAAAAUUAUCUGAAGGCCAAAGCUCUUGAAACUGUCACAAAGAGGAAGAGUUCAGCUGUCCCUGUAAGAAGUAGGAGCCCAAGAGAACCUGAUGUGUUUGAACUUCCUCCUCUGUCAUCAAGUGCUGUCACAGAUGCUAAGAGUUCAUCAGAAGAUGAAGAGAUGGACAUUCCUAUUUUAGAACAGUUCCACAGGCAACAUUUAGAGGAAACUUUUCAGGAUCCCAAAGCAAUAGAUAUUGAUUCAGAAGAGUUUAAAGCUUUGCCCCCAGAGAUACAACAUGAACUCAUCAAGGACAUAAGAGAGGAAAAAACAUGGAUGAGCAAGAAUAUUCUGCCUGGGCAAGCAAGAGACUUUUCAAGUUUUCAACUGGAAGGAGUCCUAAAACGAGGGAAAAUGAAUCAGCGACUGGAGGACUUGCGUAAAGAAAUGAACCAAAGAAACUCCGGGGAGCUGACGGGAAUUGUAUCUGAUGAAACUGUUGGGGAGGAAAACUCCGUUAACUCACAAAAGAUUUUAUCAGAAGACACGGCGCACUACAUUCUGAUAAAGCGCAAUGAACAAGAAGUAAAGCAAUCUAAAGAUUUCUCAGAUGAGGGCGGCUUCUUUCGGGAAGACCAGGAGGGUGAAAUAGUGACUUGGACUAAUCCUCGCCCGAAGCCUGUCUCCCCGACAAAAGUUCCAAGCUUUGAAAUUCAUGAUCUUUGUUCUAGUGAUUCUGAGAUUUUGUCGCCAUUUCUGGAUGUUCCAGAAGCUGAUCUUUCACCCUCAAACUCUCAAGCGCAGAGAGGUACUUUUAGUUUCACCCCAAUAAAAAACAAGGGUAGAAUUGAGAACGAUGAGCUAAGCAUGGAUGAAAAUGUUACCAAGAUAACUGAAGCUCCAAUACAGAAAAGCCAGACGUACCACACACCCUUACCAGGAAGCGAAGACGCAAAAAGCGUCGAUAAAAAAUCUAAAAUAGACAAUCUCCAUGACUUAAGCGAUCAUGAAGCUAAAUCGGUGUUCUCUGGAGAGGAUUCGGACGAAGAUAAUGAGCUGCUUACUCAGAUUAAAGACAAGAAAAAAGAGUUGGAAGAUUUAUUAAGGAAAUGGAAAGCCUCAAAACACCAGAAAACGGCUGAUGAUGUAAUUACCUCCUCAAAGGAUGACCACAAUGUAGCAGAAGUAAAUGAGAUAGAACUGCUUGAACGUUCUCCAGAAUCUGUCGAAGUAUUUAACGUCUCCGAAAGAAAGCCAGAGUGCUACGUUAUUGAAGAGACAGAAAACACUCCAUCGACUUUAAUUAUUGAUGAUCAAACAGAGAGCAAAGAAAAAACUGUCGAUACUUUACAUGUUUGUGAAAGUGAAUCAGGAACAAGUUCAGUGGAAGAGAUUAGAGAGGCUGUAAAAUCCGAAGAAGGUCUUUCAGAGAAUUUGAAAAUAUCGUCCUCUGAUACCUUACAAGAAACUCAGACGGCAAAUCCUAGUUUUAAUAUUGCUGAGGAAGAAAAGAGAACGCUUUCUACAGAUAGUUCACCAGAAAUUCAAAUUUUACCCUCCCCUAAUGGCGAUACUACUUCGGAUGUUAUCGAGGAUGAAAAAAUUCCCUUUUCUCUAGAUGUUCAGCAAGAAGGUCAAACCACACAAUCAGAAGAUACUACCGCUGACACAAAUCAAGAUCCUGAUAUCAAAGUCACUCAAAUUGUAGAAAAACAAGAUUCUGCUGAGAAGAGUGAAGAUAGAAUGGAUGUUGGUGAACCUGUGCCAGGGCCAUCUGGUCUUCCUGUGGAAUGGCAAGGUGCUACAGUGGAAGAGUUGGAAGACAUACGGUUGAAUAUCGAAGCAGAACAGCACUCUUUGGCAUCAGAACAAGCUCGACAGAACCGCAUCGCAGCCUCAUUGUCUAACGAAAUGUUCGCAGAAUGUCAAGAACUUCUUCAGUUGUUUGGUGUCCCAUAUCUUGUCAGCCCAAUGGAGGCCGAGGCACAAUGUGCAACAUUAGAUAUACUUGGUUUAACAGAAGGUUCCAUCACGGAUGACAGCGACAUUUUUCUGUUUGGCGGUAGACGAGUUUACAAGAACAUCUUCAACCAGAACAAGCAUGUCGAGAUGUACGGCAGCGAUUCAGUGCUUAGAAAUCUUGCUCUGGACCGUUCAAAUCUCAUCUGCAUUGCUUUCAUUACCGGAAGUGACUAUACUGAAGGCGUGCCAGGUGUUGGAACAGUUGGAGCGAUGGAACUUCUUCACGAAUUUUCAGGUGAAGGCCUUGAGGGACUGAAAAAGUUCAAAUCGUGGCACGAGGAAGUACAAAAGCGUACCAAACAUCCGCAAGAAACCAAAGUCAAGAGGAAAAUGAGAUCUGUGGAAUUACCGAAUGAUUUUCCAGCUGAGGAAGUGUACGAAGCUUAUCUCCAUCCUGUCGUUGACGAGUCAACGGAGCAAUUUGAAUGGGGAAAGCCAGACCUCCAUUCACUAAGAUUGUUCGCUUCGGACAAGUUUGGUUGGUCUUCUUCCAGAACAGAUGAAGUUCUCUUACCUGUGUUGAAACAACUUAACAAAGACGAGACCCAGAUGAAAAUAAACAACUAUUUUGAAGUAAAGUUUCAAGAAACAAGAACGGUCAAAAGCAAACGGGUCCAGCGAGUGUUGAACCGGAAGUUCAAUCCGAGCAGCAGCAACAGUGAAGACGGAGUUGAAAAUAGCAAAAAGCAAAGACAACAUGGUGGUGAAACUCCUAGUAAAAAGAAAAAUGACAAAACGGAGCCAAACGAGAAAAAAAGAACCCUUUCAACAAAAAACAGCGCAAGUAAACAUGAUAACGAAGCCGACGCGAAGCGUGCGAAAAAGAGCGUUGAUGGAGAUAGCGCAUGCGCCCUUACGGAAACCCGCUCCUCGGGAAGAAAAAGAGGUCGCGGGCGCGGUCGAGGGAAGGCGCGGGAAAGGGCCGAGGCGAACGCUGAUUUAAGGUUGUCAGUUGCUCCAAGGUCGUCCAAUCAGGUAAAAAGGAAACAACUCUAUCAGGAGAACAAGGAAAGAUCUCGGAGAACCCGUAGUCGAUCUUCGACAUCAGCUGACACUGAAAAAGAAACAUUUGUGGAUCAAAUUCUUGAAAAUGACAAAAAGAGAAAAAAACAGCAAAGCUCUGCUGUAAGCAAGAAGAAAAACGACGCAAAGUGCAUCGCCGAGGACGACGAUUCUACGUCGGACACAACAGACAGUGAGGAUAACAGCGAGAACUUUUACGCCGGACCCAAACCCGUGUCCGUAUUCGUCCGGGGGAGGGGUAGAGCGAGUAUUAGGCCCACGGGGAGGGCGUUAAGGCGAGGAAAAUGACUUCUGCGUUCAUGAUUCAUCAGUUUAUAAAUUAUUGAUAGUUUGAUUCGAUUUAACAAUGGGAGAUACACCAAUCGGUGCCUCGUCCACUGGUUUCCAGAUUAAUUAGAUUUUGAGAGGUAAAUGACUUCGAUUAAUUAAUGUUGCCUCUCAAGAGGAAUGGAAAACGAAAAUGUUUUUAAACUAGCUCGAAUUAUUCAGAUACACCAAGUAAUCUCGUACCCAGAUCCUACCGUGUAACUGAAACGUAAGAUAGCCGCUUGGCCAUGGAAGGUCUGGGUACGAGACUAUACACUCAGUUAAUAAGACAGUUUUAUCUUAUCUCCCCUUUGAGCGGAAUACAAACCUAGACUUAAAAUCUUCCCUUUGAAAAUAUUUCUCUUGGAUAAUAGUAUAUUUAUAAGAAUAGUAAGCCACAGAUAAGAUAGAUCUAUUAUUUAUUUAAUAAUUUAUUCUUUACUCAACAAAAAAUAGAUGACAGCCAAACAAAAACUAAAUGCAAAGUAGUUAUUAUAUUACUCCUAGUAAAGAACUCGUGAUAUACAAUAAUCUCGUACCCAGAUCCUACCGUGGACAACCGCUUGGCCGUGGAAGGUCUGGAUUCGAGACUAGAUAUGCAGAGAACAAAUUCAA